GAAAGUAUUUGUUAUUUAGCAUAGUUAGAGGGAUGGUUGAUUAAUAUUAUUUAUUUUAGAGAUGAAAGCUACAAUUGCAAUCCUUUUAUUGGUGAGCAUUGCCUCAGCAACUUCAACUCAUGAUUAAAUUAUGGCAUUACUUUAAACAGGAACAAAAGCUAUGGAUGCCAUUGACACAGUCUUUGGUUUGUUGAAUGACUUGAUUCAAUCAAAUAAGGAUGCUCAAUUUGCUGCUGAUUAAAAGAAUGAGACAGAUGAAUGGAUUGGUGCAUAGUAAUAUCAUGAUCUAAUUCUAGAACAAUUGAGCAAUUCACAAAGAUCAAGUCCUUGAACUAAAAGCUUUUCUAAUAAUCAAUCGAAAACAGAGUGCAAUUUGAAUAAGAGCUUUCAGACACAAAGAAUUAUUUGGCAUGGAAUGAAUAAAGAUAAGAUGAAAUUGCAAGAAAAAUUUAAGUCUUAUUAGAUGAAUAAUGUUUGAGCAACUAACUUUUCGUCAGAUCAAUCAAAUAAAACAGAGAAGCACUCGAAGUAGUCAGAGUCCUUAAGCAAGAUGUUGCAGGUUAUAUCAUAAAUGGAGAUUCAUUUGAACUCGUCUAAGAGAAAGCUACAAGUGUUGCUGAAAAAUUAAAGGCUUAUAGCACUCUUUUUAGUGAAAACGAAGUCAAAUCUUUCCUCAGUUUAGCUUCUAAAUAAGAAGAUGGAUCUGUAUUAAUUCUAAUUUUAUUCCUUAGGUUAGUAGAGGUGCCACAUUGGCUGAGAGAGUCUUGGCAGUUUUGGAAUCCCUUGAAGCCAAUCUCUAAGCUUCUCUAGAGGCUUUGGAAGUCAAUGAAAUCAAUGCCUCAUGGGAAUUAGCUGGAUGGGUUUCUUUGAGUGAAGCUGAAGUUGCUAAUUUGAAAGUUGAAUACGAGAGAAAAUAAGUUUAUGCUGACAGACUCGCCACUGUAUUUUCAUCUUAUUUAUUUUAUUUAGUAAAUCUAAGCUGCUUUGGCCUAAUAAGCAAAAUCAAAGAUUAUCCUCUAAGAAUCCCAAGAUGCUCUUGACUAAGCCCAAUCUGAUUUGGAAAGCAAGAGAGCCGACUAUGCUGAAGCCAAAGCCAAAAGAGAUGAGGAAAAUGCUAUAUUGGAGCAAGUCAUCAUCAUUUUCAAGAAAUAAGUUGCCUCAUGGUCUGGAAGAUGAUUAAUAUAUGAAAAACUAUAAAACAAUCA